AUGGUGUAUAAGGUUUUAUUUACAGUAAUAGGAUUAAUAUGUGGUAUACUUACAAUAAUUAAACGAUACAAGUAUUUUAAGAUAAAAAAAUUGGCCUUAACUUACUUCGGGAAACAAGACUUGCAAUGGAAACCUAAAAGUCGGUCAGAAAUUAUUAACGAUUUAAAAAAUACAAACUUUGACAUAUUGAUUAUUGGUGGCGGUUCAACGGGAAUGGGAUGUGCAAUCGAAGCAGCUACACGAGGUAUAAGUGUUGGCCUGAUAGAAGCACAUGAUUUUGGUUCGGGCACGAGUUCAAAAUCUACAAAACUUUUUCAUGGCGGUGUACGCUACCUUGAAAAAGCUGUUAAUGAUUUAGAUAGAUCUCAGUUUGACUUGGUAUCUGAAGCAUUAAGUGAACGAAAAAUUGUUAUGAAUAUGUGUCCUUUUCUAGUAAGGUCGAUGGAAAUAUUAUUUCCGGUUUAUAAAAGGCUUUUAAUUCCUUACUACUAUAUUGGCCUUAAAUUUUAUGAUUGGAUUUCUGGGCAACGGUCCCUUGGGCGAAGUAAAUUUUUGUCGCGGCAACAAACUAUUACAAAAUUUCCUAAUGUGAGAAAAAUCGACCUUGUAGGAUCCGUUUCGUAUCGUGAUGGCCAAUUUUAUGAUGCUAAAUACAAUGUUCUAUUGGGUGUCACAGCUACCUACUAUGGAGCUGUUGUAUUAAAUCAUGCAAAAUUCUUGUCAGUAACAAAAGAUGGCGAUAAAAUUAAUGGAAUUAAAUGUCAAGAUUCAAUAAAUAAUGAAAAAUUUUUAAUUAGGUGUAAAGUUUUAAUAAAUACUUCUGGCCCUUUUGCUGACGAGGUUCGAAAUACAUCAAUUGAAAACUGUCAACCAAUACUCCAACAUAGUUAUGGUACACAUAUUAUAGUUCCCGCAAUAUUUUCGCCUAAAAAUAUGGGCUUUGUUGAUCCAAGCACGAGUGAUGGAAGAAUCGCAUUUUUUAUGAAUUUUAAAGGUAAAACAUUGAUUGGAGGAACAGAUGUUAAGUGUAAAGUUGAAGAUUUAAUAAAACCGACUGAAGAAGAUCUAAACUUUCUUAUUCACGAGGCCAAUUAUUUUACAGAUCACAAUUUAAAAUUAACAAAAAAAGAUGUUUUGUCUGUUUGGACAGGUAUUAGACCGUUAGUCAAGGAUUUAUCGAAAAGUUCAACAGAAAAGAUAUGUAGAAAACAUACUAUAAGAAUAGAUAAAGACAAUAUGGUAACUGUAACAGGUGGUAAGUGGACAAUUUUUCGACUUAUGGGAGAACAGACAAUAAAUCAAAUUAUAAAAGUUUUUAAUAUAAAGUCUAAUAGACCAAGUAUAACACAAUAUCUUCCUGUUUUGGGAUCACAGGGAUAUACUAAAGCUACAGAAUUUGAUUUGGCACUUACUUUAAAUAUUCCAGAAGAUAUAGCUAAGCAUUUAGCUACAACUUAUGGUACCAAAGCUUACAAUUUCUCUGAAUACUUUAAUGGGUCAUACACCAGACUUACAGAUGGUUAUCCUUAUACAAAAGAAGAAAUAGUAUAUUGUAUCGAACAUGAAUUGGCUUAUCGCAUCAGUGAUAUAUUAUUUAAUAGGAUGAUGAUAGGAUACAUUGACGUCAGAAGAGCAUUUGAUUUAAUUGGUAUAGUAGCUGAAGUAAUGAAAGACUAUUACGGAUGGGAUCAGCAAAGAUAUAAUGAAGAAACAAAAUUAUGCAUGGAAAUGAUGGAAACUUGUGGUUAUAGUUUAUUAAAAAAUUAA